AUGGUGAGGCAGGCCGGACGGCCCGGGGCCCCACUCAGGCCGGAGUCGUGGGGCGCUCUCGUGCCGUCCUCGCGCCCCUCCCGCGCUCCCUCGCUUGCAGUCCGGGCGCGGCCGCCCGGCCCGCUAGGCGCUGCCCGGCGUCCCGGCGGGGGGCGGUGCGGGGCACUGGGGCGGUGGCGGCUGCGGCGGCAGCGCCGCGCUCCUCAUAGUGUCGGGCCCCUCAGCUGCCCUCGGCUCCGCGACACUCCACUCGGCGCCGGCGGCCGCCCUCGUCGCACUCCGUUCCGGCCGUCUCGGCUCGGCGCAGCUCUGCGCCCCUCAGCGCCGCCGUGCGGGCCCGGCCGCCGCGCUCCGCUCCGCUCGCUCGCCCCGCGCCGCUCCCGCCCGUCCGCCCGCUGCCCGCUCCGCGCCGGUCCCUGCCUCACUCGCGCCCUCCUAGCCUGCUGCUCCCGGAGUUCCGGCUCGGGCGGGCCACCUGGCUCCCGGCGGCGCCACAGGCGCCGGACGCGGACGCCGGGCUUUACUUAG